CUUCAACAACACUGCGACGGUGAAUAAACACCACCACUUUUCAACUAUGCGUACUUGGGCCAUCCCAUAUCCACCAAAGACUCUACGCAUACGGUCUUAAGGCUCUGCAUACAUUCACAGCUUCUCCCUAAUAAUGAAACCCUCGCUGGGCAUAUCGAUAUCGCAUCGCCAUCAUCUCUUCAUACCUGUACACGAGGUUGCGUGAAUCAGGAGGCACAACACCAAGACCCACAGCUUUAGACACCCGACUAGAAGUUUCGGUACUUGAAUGGUAAGCUCAAUAUAUCAGAUUGCUUUCUGCCAUCCCUCAUCUCCACUGGGACAUAUAUUCUACACGCAAACAUGACCUCCUACCUUCCCCGCCUCGGGGGCAUAUUCAAGUUCGAUUAUCAGAAGCGUCUGCUCCUGUAUGUCCUCUCCCGGCUGGAGAUUUUCGAAACGGAUAACCUCGACCUGGAGAAUUUGAACCUUGUUUUCGGACAGAAGAAUGUCUUUGAGUUCCGCGACGUGGGGUUACGCUUGAAGGUAAUGAUCAUUAUUCCAAUCCCAUGCCUCUCUUUUUCGUCCCGUAAACUCUAACUGUUUGGAAUAUAGAAAUUAGAGUCUCUUCUUCAGCUUCCGCCCUCAUUCGAAGUCAACAAAGCUCGUGUGCUUCUGUUGCGUCUCACCAUACCACUCAAUAUAUAUGCGAGUCCCAUACUUGUAGAAGUGGAUGGCGUUGAAUGCCAGCUACAUGUCAGGCUGAUAUCAGAGAAGGAUACAUCACAUACGAAUCGUGACCGAAGAAAAACCAAACCACAGCACCAGGGUUUCGGGACAGGGCAAGGAACAGCUAGACAUGAUCCUGGGGGAAGAAACCCAGAAGAUACGGCUAGCGAUGAUCUGGAGCCAGCGAUUCCAACCGUCGCCGAUCUAGCCCAAUCGUUCUUACAAACUGAACCGGAGAAGAAUAAGGCAGAAAUGGAAGCUGCAAUCCUGGCAGAGGCUCCAGAUCUCGAUUCGAUGUCUGUUUUGAGCGAGGAAACAGAAACCUUCGGUACCGGAGAGCCUAUAACGCUUCCAAUAUUCAUAAAAAAGUUCUUGGAAAGCAUCUUCGAUCGGCUACAAGUUCGGAUACAAGGGAUCAUCCUCAACUUGGAAUUGGAAUUUCCGAGUGACACAUUAAAAGCAUCAAUUACCGAUGCUAGAGACCCUGUUACUGUCCAGUUGAGAAUCGAAGACAUCGAUAUUGAAGGAGUUGCGCAAACAGCGGAAAUCGACAGUAGUAUGACCCAAAAUCCGCUGCACAAGGAGGGCAAACGACUUAUUUCGCUGUCGAAAAUCCAAGGGGUUCUCAUUUCCGAGGCCAACCUAUUUUACAGCUUAGCACAAUCAUCUGCCAUUUCUUCUCCGUCCGCAGCACAUUCCGAAAUAAGCGAAGGCAAAACUUCAGGACCUCGACCACCAGUGGCUCAUGAUGAAAUUCAGAAACCUGAAGAGGGCUCGGAGAUUAAGGAAUCCGUAGCAUCCCUCCAAGGGCUUUCCACGCCUUCCAUCGCCGAACAUCUGAGUGGACUCCGGUCUCUCAGUGCUUCUGUACAUAUCAGUGAGGGCGGUCGUUUUGAUGACGCGUCUGAAAGAGGGUCAAAUAUGUCGGGGAGUAUCCGGGAUAGCAUGAGUGAGGUGUCUCAAAGUGUGCUGCAAAACUCGGCAUAUUAUGGCCAACUCACUGACAGCGAGUGCUUGGGGGAAGAGGAAUCAGAGGCACGACGCCCCCUAUUAUCCUCGCGCGAUCUACAAAGCAGCCAAUCGCCAUCUUCAACUCCUCGCGCCUCGAUGCUUAUCCAAAAAACAGACGAUCGCGAGAUCGAUGGCCUUGAUUCGCCUGAAAAUUUGAUGCAAGAAUCAACUCUUUUACCACCAAGACCAUACUCUAGAUUUUCGGAGGAGCGAAUUUCGCAAUCUCAAUCACAUAUUACGGAGGAUACGGAGUCAGAAUCUCUGCAGAGUUCUUUGGCCCUUGAAGACAUUUCGAAGGCUAGCCGGUCUUCAGUCAUUCAUGAGAACAAUGACGAGGACGAAGAUUCGAGUUCUGAUGGGGAAGAUCUCACUCAAUCAAAAAUGUUUAAUCACGAAGAUGCGGAGAGCCUAUAUUUAAGUGCCAUAUCGCAUUCUCCAUCAGCCCGAAUACCUGGUGGUUGGACAGAGUCGAGUGACAGAAACGAAGAUGGACUUUCAAUUUCAAGAAGCAAACAUCAAUCACAAGUCCAGGAUGAGGGCUUGGAUAAUCUGGAACACGCACGUCAGCGUUCGCCGAUGGUUCGAUCAACCGCUUCUAUGGCAGAUUCAGUACGGACAGCGAAAACUUCUGCAUCGACUCAUUCCACUGCAGCACAGAUGAAAGCCUCUAUCCCACGGCUCCCAAGUCUCGUAUCUGACUUGUCGUCUACUUCCUCGGAAGGGUUCAACAAGAUAAUGAAGCCGAUUCUUUUCCUGGAUAGAGUGAACAUCUACGUUCCUGCUCUUAACCAAGAUAUCCCCAUAGAUCCGGGGCUGAAUGCUAGCGCGUUGGUCCAAAGCACAUUCGAACAGGACCUAGCAGAAUCCUCAACGUUUGAUCUUCCUGGCGCAUUCUCAGGCCAUCUUCCCAGACGAAAUGCGCCCUCUACUUUGCCUCAAACCAGCCAUCCACCAAGAGAGACUAAGGCGAAAACCCCAUCCAAGGAUAUUGAAGUUGCUAUUGGUAACCUCUCUACACAAUUCGACGUUUCCGUUGGCAGAUUGAUUUUUAUGAUAACUCGUCAAUUGCAAGAGGCCCUAAAUCAAACACCAGCGCCAGCAUCAAAAUUGGAUUCCGAAUCGAAUGAUGCCAAGGAAAAAGGUGGCAGCUCUGAUUUCAAACUAUCUGUCGAGAAAAUUGACGUAGCUUUUGUGGAGAGACUCGAAGGAAUACUCGGAUCUCGUCGUACUUCAUUAGUUCCAGAGCCUGUUCCCGAUACAGAUGUGCUUCUUAGGUCAAGUUUGAAGGGCCUCAACAUCACUUCCAGAAAUUCUUCGUCGGCUUCAAAUACAGCAGUCACCAUCCAAAAGUUUGUUUUUGGCUACGCAACGGGGAACAUAGUAUCUUUUGAGUCAAACCCAAAAAUUCACGCUUCCGUGAAAGACUUGAAAGCCGAUGAAGGAAUUGACGUUCGUGUCAAUGUUUAUAAAGACGCAGAUGUUACUCGAGCUGAGGUGGUGACGUUACCAAUACAUGUAACCAUAGAUCUUCAAAGGCUGGAUGAAACGUUCAGUUGGUUUGGAGGACUCAGCAGCGUUUUAAAUUUGGGCAGCUCAAUGGCAUCGAAUAGCACCAUUACGGCAACUAGCCCUGGCAAGCCGAAGUCUCGCGGUGUACACUUUGAGACACCUCAACUACCUGACGAUAAAUCUCGAGUCGCCCAAAAGAAGCCCGAUAUUAGGAUCGGAGGCUUUAUUCUGGAGCUUGUCGGAGCGGAGUGUAGCAUCGGGGUUGAGACGUCAGCUGUGAAGAUUGUGAAUCGAGAUGAAAAAAUAGGUGUUUCCGUUCAAGCCAUCCGAUUAUUUGGGCCGCUUCUAAAGAAUUUACAACGGUCUCCAGCAAUCCUUGUUGAAAUAACAUCGACCCGAAUUGAUUUCCUUACGACACCGGACGAAAGAGAUUUGAAUCGCCUACUGUCUCUCAUAACACCAUCAAAAUCUCCAUAUGAUUCAGGUGAUGAUAUCAUGCUUGAUAAUUUGCUACGCCAAAGAAGACAGGGUUCUGUUUUGAAGCUCAAAAUGGAUAAUUUUCAGGUCAAGGUUGACAAUCUAGAUGACCUCAGCUAUCUCCCAGAUCUAGGAGAGGAAGUAUCGAGAUUGGCUACAGUAGCAAAAUAUUUGCCUGAUGAUGACCGACCUGGCCUACUAUCUCUCGUUUCAUUUCGAGAAUUCGGCGCUGACAUAAAAAUCAAUGAAACUCUUGGUUCUAUAAAGUUAGCUUCGACUGAUAUAGAAGUGGCGCAUAUCACUCUUCCGUCCCUUGUUGCUCUCAGCAUUGGCACCAUAUCUGCUCACCGCAACUCAUCUGAAGAACUUGUUGGGGUGGCAGUAAAUGCCGAGUUAAGAGACCCAAGAGCAAGAAACCCGGCAAUCAUGGCGCGAAUGAUUGGCAAUGAAAUGGAGCCUGUUGUGAAAUUUCAAUUCUGGAACUUGAAGUUUGAGUAUCGUGUUCCAACUCUCAUGACCAUUCUCGGACUUGUGGAAGGGGCAACUGCACAAGAUAUGUCGGCCAGCAUGGGCGCUUCUGUCGCUACACUAACGGAGUUUACUCGAUCACGGUCUCCUCAAGCUACACGCAAACCUUCACGUUCUGACGCGCCGACCUCUAAACCACUGUUGAUUAAUGUUGCUAUGCGAGAUUGUAUUUUGGGUCUAAAUCCAUUGGGACUACCCUCGAAGCUUCUAGUUUGUUUGACGGACGCACGCCUGACCGCUUCUGUUCCCAAGGACAAGAAAACCUCUGCGUCCAUGAAUGUAGAUAAGGCAUCACUUCUUGUUAUAGACAACGUUGCGAAUAUAAUCUCGGAUGAUCUUACAAAUCAGCCCAGACGACCAUCCUUCAGCGCCAGCAGCAGCCAGGUAACAGACCUUUGUGCAAUGGGGUUCGUAUCUGUCAGCUAUAUCUCUUCAGCCAAAGCAAUCAUCACAGUUUCGACUGACACAAAUGACGAACAAUGCGUCGAUGUUGAGCUCAGAGAUGAUCUAUUUGUGCUCGAAUCUUGCGCGGAUUCUACACAGACUCUGGUUGCUAUUUUAGGUGCUUUGGCUCCUCCAUCAAUUCCAAGCACGGAGAAAAAAUAUCGCACCAAAGUCGUACCAGUAAAGGACCUGUUAGCAUCGUUGACAGCAGACGCAUUUGGUACUGCAGAAGGCAAUUAUGAUUUCGAUGAGGACUUUGACUUGGAGACAUUUGAUCUAGACUCUGAAUUUUCUCUCGAAGAUCAAGACGACGACAUCAUGGCGGGUAUGGGUAUAGCAGACUCUUCGACCAAAUUAAGCAGCCGAGACACUCAUGAAGGAGUCCUAGUGAACACCACUUUCCAAGAAUCACAGGAAUCAGAACCAGAGGGGGAACUCAACUUUGUAGACAAUCAUUUUGCUACCGGAUCAGUUUUGGAAGGAACCGCACAUCGUUGGGAUUCUUCCAAAAACAACUACGCUCGAUCAAGUGACACUCAAAAACGAAAGAGUCCACUCAAAGUCCUUGUUCGAGAUGUACAUGUUAUCUGGAACCUGUUUGAUGGAUACGAUUGGCAGGAGACGCGAGACACGAUUUCCAAGGCUGUUCGAGACAUUGAGUCGAAAGCCAAUGAAAAACGAGCGCGAUUACACGCACAAUCAACAUUUGAUCAGGAUGUCGAUGAAGAAGAUGAUGUCAUUAGCGACAUUUUGUUCAAUUCGAUAUACAUUGGUGUUCCUACCAAGCGGGAUUCAAAUGACCUCUCGGCAGCUAUAAAUCAAGGGCUGAAUGACAAUGCUACUGAAACAGAAUCAGUGGCUACUACAACGGUAUCCUCUGCUACAAGUCGGCAAGGUGGCAGUCGAAAACCGAAACAAAAAAGCUUGCGACUCAGCAGAAGCAAACACCAUAAAAUUGCCUUUGAGCUAUCGGGCAUUAAUAUCGACAUGGUGGCUUAUCCUCCAGGGAGUGGAGAAACGCAGAGCUCAAUAGAUGUUCGGAUUCUUGACCUCGAAGUAUUUGAUAAUAUUCACACGUCAACAUGGAGAAAGUUUGCAACGGGGAUGCAAAAGCCUCACGAGAGACAGACUGGUAGCAGUAUGGUUCAUCUCGAGAUCCUCAAUGUCAAGCCAGUACCUGAAUUGGCAGCAUCUGAGAUUGUGCUCAAAGCUACCAUACUUCCACUCCGCCUACAUGUCGACCAGGAUGCUCUCGAUUUCAUAACUAGGUUCUUUGAAUUCAAAGAUGAGACUGCACAUUCUCGAGCCCCUUCGUCGCCUGGCGAUGCUCCUUUCAUACAGAGAGCCGAGGUAAACUCUGUGGUUGUUAAACUGGAUUUCAAACCAAAACGAGUUGACUACGCUGGUCUCCGUUCUGGCCGCACCACCGAAUUCAUGAAUUUCGUGAUUCUGGAAGAAGCUGACAUGACACUUCGUCGUACUAUCAUCUACGGUGUCACUGGGUUUGAGAAACUUGGCAAAUGUCUGAACGACAUUUGGAUGCCGGAUAUCAAGAAAAAUCAACUACCGGGCAUCCUGGCUGGGAUAGCUCCCAUUCGGUCGCUUGUUAAUGUGGGCGGAGGUGUCAGGCAACUUGUAGAAGUUCCAGUUCGUGAAUAUAAGAAGGACGGGAGAAUCGUGCGAAGUGUUAGCAAAGGAGCAGCUGUAUUUGCGAAAACAACUGGCACAGAACUGGUAAGAUUAGGAGCCAAAGCUAUGAUUGGGUUUCAGACUGUGCUACAGGAAGCAGAAGGAUUCUUAGGUCCCACCAAGGAAAUCAGACCUGCAGAAGAUGAAGAAUCUGAAGAGCAACACAACGAGAUCAGUCGUUAUGCCAAUCAGCCUAUUGGUGUUCUUCAAGGUAUACGAGGUGGAUAUGCCGGCCUUCAACAAGAUUUGUUUCUGGCAACAGAUGCCUUUAUUGCGAUUCCAGGAGAAAUCAUGGAAAGCGGAAAUGCGGCGGGUGUAUUCAAAGCAGUCCGGAAUCAUGCGCCAACUGCCAUCCUCCGACCACCGAUUGCAGUUGCCAACGCACUUGGGCAGGCUCUGUUGGGUGCGACGAACUCUUUGGACCCGGGAAAUAGACAGAGAGCCGAUGAUGUAAGUUUUUACUAUUUCUUCUGCAUUGGGACACUGCUAAUUUGUACGCUUACAGAAAUAUAAGAAGCAUCGUUAAGGGUGAUGACAAUGUUUUUGCAUAGGGCAUAGGGAAGCGAGUCGGUUUUUGUUCUUUUUUGUCUUAUAUUUGAGCGACCUUUUUUCUUGCAUCAGAUUGGAGUUGCAUCAGCACGCAUAUUCACCAUACAUUCUUCUCUUCUCUUCUCAAUUUCGCAGGGCGCUUAGGCAUAUGAGUUUAUAACAGGGCUCGGGUUUGGAUUGAGGGGAAAGGAACCAACGGCAUCCAUUCAUAGAGUGGUAACCACCUUUGUUUCUUUCGUCAGACUAGACGGAUUUGAUCCUAAUUAAAUUGAAAAUUGAGAUCAGCACAUG